AAGCGUUCGUCACAAACGGAAGAAGUUGUUUUCGAGACCACCCGAAGAAAUAUCAGAACGUCUUGUGAGAGGUUGCAAACGUGCUCGUUGUCAGAUUUAUCGUGGCUCUCAGUCUCAGCUCUCGCCCCUCAGGUCUGAGAGAUGUCGGCUGUCAGUUGGGAAGAAGUCAAACGUCUGGCCGCUGAUUUUCAGCGUGCUCAGCUCACAACAACCUCCCAAACGCUGUCGGAGAGAAACUUUGUGGAAAUCGUGUCAAAACUCAUCGAGAACCAUGACCUGGAAGUUAUAUUUACCAAUGAUGGAAAGCAGUACAUCACUCCUGAAUAUUUGCUCAAAGAGAUUCAGGAUGAGCUUUACGUACAUGGAGGCAGGAUAAAUCUAGUUGAACUGGCAAAAAUACUGAACGUCAAUGUGAAUUAUGUUAUGGCCAAAAUAUCCAGCCUCGAGGAGCUGCUUCCAGGCUGUAUUGUUAUAAUGGGCCAGCUCAUUUCUCGAGACUACCAAAAGACAAUAGCCCAGGAAAUAAAUGACAGGUUGCAAAGCACUGGGCAGGUGACGGUCGGCGAGCUGACUAAGCUGUAUGACCUUCCUGGGGAUUUCCUACAGGACGUGAUAGAUGAAAAUCUAGGCAAUGUAAUCAAUGCAAAACAGGACAAAUUGGAUGCGAGAAUAUUAUAUACAGAACAGUUUGUCAACAAGAAUAAAAGUGUGUUAAGAGGGACACUACGAGCUUUAACUAAACCAACACAAGUCUCUAUUAUAUUGUCAUUAACUAAUUUUAAAACUGAGAGAGAUUUUUACAGAACAUUUGACUAUCUGUCUGAAGAUAAAGAUCUCUGUGGUGUUCUCACCGGGCGGCAGGGAAAUUCUUCUUUUAUUCCACACGUACAUACAAAACAUCAAAAUGACUGGGUUGACAACUUUUACAAACAAAAUGGAUAUUUAGAAUAUGAUGCACUCACGAGGUUAGGAAUUUCGGACCCAGUUUUAUUCGUAAGGCGACAUUUCCCUGGAAUGGGGUUUUUAGAAUUGCCAACAUGCAUAAUCGGUCCACAGCUGCUGGGUCAAGUAGAUGCUGCAGUAAACGAUACACUCUUGUCUGGAACGUUCCUUGACGUAAUGAUGCUGGUACCAUCUGUCAUGGGCCCUUCUGACGUCAGCAAGAUCCUUGAAGAAAUAUUGAAAAAGAACAAAUCCAAGGCAGUAGCACACAUUUUCUCUGACACAGUCAUUGUCACAGAGACUUUCCUACAGACGGUCUGUCAACCUUUACAAGAGGAAGUUCUCAAAGAAAAGGCUGAAAAGGCAGUCAGCUCUGGCGCUUAUAUCAUGGCACAUACCGAGUACAGAAUCAACACAAGUUCAAACUUUACCGUCGACACCAAAACUGAAAAAAGGGAAGAACGUAGAAAAAAAGCCACAGGCGGAAAAAGUGGUGGAGGGACUCAGGGUAGAGAAACGAAGAUGAAAUCCACAAAGAAAAAAUACGUGAAAGGUAGAGGAGAGCCAGUUGAGGAUUCAGGGAGUGAUACAGAACCUGUUAAAAAACCAGGAGCCCCUAAGUUAGAUUUAAUAACUGUGAAAGAAAUUGAAGAAUGGCUUAUGGAAAACCAACAAAUGCAGGACCUGGUUGACAUCGAGGGGAUAGUCAAAGAGAUUUCCAAACAUCUUCAACCGCAGUUGAAUAAAAAAGCAAUGGAGCUGGCUUCAGAAGCAUACGAGAGGACACUUGUUUCAAGUGUGAGCCAGAGGAAACAGCUGCAUGGCGAUCUUCAGGAACGCAUCGAUUCAUGGCAAAUGGAGAUGAAGCUUUCUGAGAGGGGUCUUAAGCUCUUUCCGUUUGAAGAUACAAGAAUUAAGCUUUCAACACAUUUGCUUAAAACCACUGGGACUGAAGUAGCCAAUGCGCUCUGUUUGUACGUGAGCGAAGACCCGACAUUACCAACCACAUCAAAAGAAUUAACUCAGCAAAUGAGGAAGAAAAUAAUAAGCGAGUUGCCAGGGGACACAAAAGUAGUUUUAACAACAUUGAACAAUUCUUUAAGCAGUGGAUCAGUUGAAGAGUUUUUCAAUGCUUUGGAGCCUGCACUGAUGGCUGUUGGUUUAUUAAACAGAAAAAUCGACAAGAAAAAAGAAAAACAAUUUCUUCAAUCGAAGCGAGAAAAGCUUUUGACUGAAGUGAGUACGACAGACAAUCCAGCCAACCUCCUCCAUUCAGGGCUUCUACUCGUGUUCCAAAUGCAGACCCAAUCACUUUUGAGCGCGUCAGGAAAGUUUGUCCCGGCUAUCUUGAACUUCCUCCAGCCCCAAUUGCCGGCAGAGUUUUUCACCAGACUUCAUCAGUUCCAAGAACUUGUAUUAAAACUGCUCACUGUCGGCGACGAUCAGGAAGCUGAAACAAAACUGAAAGGCGAGCUCAACGAACUGAUGCUUGCUCUUAAAGAGUCGAUCGUUACAUACAAAAAAACAACACCAGCAACUGACCAAAACGGAUGACAUUUUUUUAAUCAAAAAUGUUUUAUUGUUUUUUUAAAUAAAUAGAAAAGCAAUUUGGCUUA